AUGGAUGGUAAGUGGGCAGUCGGUCCUGCUAGGAUAAGUAAGGUAGGUAGAAACACCUUUCCCCCAGAUUUGGAGGAAUUUAUUUCCCCUCCUCCUGCUCAUUAUUUUUGAGGAGGGUUUUGCUCACCAACUCAAUGAUAGAAAAAGACUUGAUUUCUCUACUGCCAACAUCCUGGGGAUCCAUGCCUGUGUGAACAAUGACAUGGAUUCAGGUUCCUCCUUUGAAAUUUGGUCCCCCUAAUUAUGUCAACAGAACUGUAACAAAAACCUGCAUUUCCCCACAAAAGGCUGUGCUGGCACCACUGAUUUGACCUUUGGGGGUUCUGAUGAGUUUCUGCCCAGUUGUGGUGCCAGUGGUGGGUCCUAGCCUGCCCAGUGUGGUAUAGUGGUUAGUGAGUUGCACCUGGGAGACCAGGGCUCAGAUCCCCACUCAGCCUAACCUACCUCACAGGGUUGUUGUGGAGAUUAAAUGAGGAGGAGAACCUUGAGCUCCUUGGGUGGGGAAAAGGUAGGAUGUGAACACAAUAAAUAUAUAAAUGAUUGAAGGUGUUUGCGUCCCGUUCUAAUGCCUCUUCCGACUUCUUCCGCCGCAGAGCUGAUGGUGCAAAAACAUAUGGAGACUCUGCAGAGCUGGUGUGGCACCAGCACAGGAGGAACCUCCUUAGAGAGACUGACUGAUCUCCUCCUGGUGGAAGGGCUGACCGAUCUCCAGCAGAAGCAACAUGAUUUUGUACAGAUUGAAACGAUCAAAGGAGUGAGGAACAUCUCCAAGAAGAUCCCCUUGGAGAAACUCUUCCUGCCUUUGUCCAAAUUCACCAUCCCCCCGCGAAUUUCUGUGACCAUUGGAGUUGCCGGCAUUGGCAAGAGCACUUUGGUCAAGCUGUUUGUCCACACCUGGGCAAAGGGAGAGAUUGGCAAGGAUUUUACCUUUGUCUUGCCUCUCACUUUCCGGGAACUGAAUGCUUAUGACAAACUCUCUGCAGAGAAGCUGAUCCGGCUGGCAACCCCCCAGUUAGCUGAGCCCAGCUUUCUUUCCAUUGACACGGCCAAGACUCUCCUGAUCCUGGAUGGUCUGGAUCAGUUUAAAACUCUGCUGGAUUUCUCCAAUGCCGUCGUUUGCACAGAUCUCCGAAAGGAGGUCCAGGUGGAUAACUUGAUCACCAACAUCAUCCGAGGCAAUCUGUUGCAAGAGGUUUCUGUCUGGAUCACCUCACGGCCGACGGCAACCACGCAGAUCCCAGGAGGUCUAGUGGACCGGAUGACUGAAGUGCAGGGCUUUGGAGAUGCAGAGAUCAAAGACCAUUUAGAUCACAUGUUUGCUGAGAACCAGGGCUUAUCCGAUGGUGUCUUGCGGCAUCUCAAGGCCAGCAGGUCUUUGUAUAUACUGUGCACAGUGCCAGCUUUCUGCCAGACCUGCGGGUCCUCCAUGGGGUACUUUCUAAGGAGUGCCAAUCAAUCUCCAGAAGCAUUGGCUGCUCCUAAAACUUUGUCAGAAAUCUAUUCCUGUUACUUUAAAAUGGCGCUGUGUAGUGACUGGCCAGGGAAACAGAAGGAAGCCCUCAAAAUAGACCAGCUGCUGAACAAUGGCAAGAAAAUGAUGAACUGCCUAGGCCGCUUGGCGUUUUACAGCCUAAUCAAGAGGAAAUAUAUGUUCCACGAACAGGACAUGAAAGCCUAUGGCGUAGACCUCUCUUCUCUCCAAGUUAGCUUGUGCAAUAGGCUCUUGCUUAAGGAAGAGACUCCAUUUUCCACCAUUUACUACUUCCCCCACUUAACAGUUCAAGAAUUCCUGGCAGCCACCUAUUAUUACACUGCCGCAAAGCGGGCUCUUUUUGACCUCUUUGUGGAGAGUGGCAUGUCCUGGCCAAAGUUUGGCUUCCUCAACCACUUUAAAAACGCCUUCCAAAGAUCUCUGCAGUCUGAGGAUGGGCACCUGGACAUCUUUGUGCGCUUCCUCUCAGGCCUCCUCGCCCCACAGGUGAACAAAGUCCUGUCUGAUUGGUUCUUGGCGAGAGACGAGCACCACGGUUACCGAAGUCAUGUGGUUGGCCUCCUGCAAAACCUCCUGGGAGCAGACCAAGCCGUCUCUUGUAGGUCCGUCAACCUCAUGCGGUGUUUACAUGAGAUUCAGCACGUGGAAGUUGUCGCGAGCCUCGAGGAAGCAAUGAAGAGCGAGGCUCUGGCUGGGAUGUUGACGCCGGUCAACUGCUCUGCCUUGGCUUAUCUCCUGCAGACCUCAGAGGUUUGUGUGGAAGAGGCAAACUUCUCCAACUGCCUCACCUACCAUGCUUUCCAGAGCCUUCUCUCUCAGCUCCACUACUGUAGUAAUCUCAGGUAGGUCACAUUCAGUGCUUGAUGGGAGCCAGGACUCGUCAGGACAGGAAGGAGAGGGUGAGGAGAGCUACCUGUGAUCCUCUGCGUAGGUGUUGCUGGACUGCCUCUCUGAAUAACGGUUACGGAGGGGAAGGGCCAUAGCCAACAAAUCAGGAUGGCAGCUCAAAAAACAGGUUGACUAGGAAUGUGAGAGAAUUCAGAUGGAAAUGGAAAGAUAACAGAAAUCACUGGGUUAAAGCUGACCAAAAGCCCAGAGGUAGCGCUAUUAUCAAUUUACGAUGAGGUGGAAGGUUCAUAGGCUAUGAAGGACUUGCUCACAAAUUUAUUGACAGCUGCACGAAGUAUUAUAGCUAGGAUGUGGAAGGGGCAAGCUGACUAUAAAAUGGAAGAAUAGUAUAAAGAGGUGUGGGAUAUAGCUAUUAAUGAUAAAUUAACAUGUGCUAUUAAGGUAAGACGGGGAAUAUGCAAGAGAAAUGAUUCUGAGGAGAUAUGGAGGGUGUUUGUAGAAUUUGUACUGUUAAAAUGGAAAGGGGUCAAACCAUUGAAAGAGGUAUUGAAAUUUUGGGAUGUUGGAUAGUUACAAUGGAAUGGUCUCGCUGGUGGGGUGCGUAUUUUUAUUCAUGAUUAUUACUUUGUCAAAAAAUAUAUAAAAUGUAAAUAAAUGUUUAAAAUAUAAAUAAAAGAAUGAAUUUUAAAAGGGGGGGGGGAUGGAAAUGGAAACAGGAGUGGAAGUUGCAGAUGUUUGCUUAUUUAUCCAGAAUGGGAAGUGGACCCAGAGAAUGUGAUUGGUAUUCACAGUUGUUGCUGCUUUCAGGCUGCAAAGAUUACUUGAUCUAUUAUGGGGUUCCUCCCUUUCCCAUUCACAUUGUGUUUUCUUCGUGAUGAAACGAACUGGGUGGAAUAGCUUAAUGAAAACGUAAUUUACACAGUUAAUUAAUUAGCUAAUUGCGUAAAUUCGCCAUAGCAGACAGUGCAACAAAUAACAUUGGCUUUGGGAGGAAGACAAAUUGCAGUGGAGCGGAAACAGUGCUGCGUGUGAGGAAUACAGGGCAGAAUGGAAAACUGUUUCCUCUUACAUCCCUAGAAAUGGCCUGUUUCUCAGCCACACUCACAUGACUCGCCCACCUUUUCUCUCUCCUCUGGUUGUAUGUGCUAAGAAUAUGCUUUGUUCUCUCUCCUCCUGCCCCUCCCCACCCCCCCGGCCAUAAUUUGGCCCAGGCUAGACUACAACCAGUUUAAAGACAGUGCUAUGGACCUGCUGGGCAGUGUGUUGAGCGGAAAGGACUGCCAGAUUCAGAAAAUCAGGUGAUGCAGAAUAGCUAAGUGUGCAGUACUUAUUUUCUGCACAGUGUGUACAGAUUUAUGGCUUAUUGUGGGACAACUGUGGUUGCCUCUACCUAGGUUGGCGGUUACAUUCAUGCUUGAUUUGCUUGGAAACAACCACAAAAAAGGCUGAAGGGCACACGACUGUAGCAAGCGUAUGGGCAUAGCCAAGGGGUGCGGGGGGGAUCUCCCCCCCCAUAAUCAAUAAAAAUCAAUAUGAAUCUGAGGUUCUGCCCCCUCCAACAAAAAUCCUGGCUACGCCCAUGAGCAAGCAUAUAUUGAUAAGAAGUUACAAUAGAAAGACAAAAUAUUAUUACAAUUGCAAAGUGUGCAUUUCAGCAAAGCUUUCAAAAACAGUUGCAAAAGAUAUUGUUAUUGUGUUGGAGAAAGCUGUAAGGAGCUGACAGCAGGCUUUUGGAUAAAGCCCUGCUUCAGAAAAUCAUCUUCAGCUGAUAAUUGCAAAAAAAAAAAAAAAAAAAAAAUCCCCAUAAGGGUUUACCAAACAUUCAUAAGCUACCAUUAUAAUUACCAAUCCACAUGUGAAUAAGACACAUCACCUCAAAAUACAUGGUGGUGGACUCUCCUUCAUGGAAGGUUCUCUGUCAUGAAUGGUCAUGAAUGGUUAUCUGUCAUUGAUUUUUUAAAGUUGUGAUUCCUGCACUGCAGAGGGUAUAUGGUCUUUACAGUCAUGUGCCCUUCUGCACUUUUGUGGUUGCUAUAUACAGUGGUACCUCAGGUUACAUACGCUUCAGGUUACAUACGCUUCAGGUUACAGACUCUGCUAACCCAGAAAUAGUACCUCGGGUUAAGAACUUUGCUUCAGGAUGAGAACAGAAAUCGCGUGGCGGCGGCGUGGCAGCAGCAGGAGGCCCCAUUAGCUAAAGUGGUGCUUCAGGUUAAGAACAGUUUCAGGUUAAGAACAGACCUCCGGAAUGAAUUAAGUACUUAACCCGAGGUACCACUGUACUAGUAUUGUGCCUUUGUAUGUGAUUUUCACUUGCUUGGGGACCAGAUCCAGCAGGGUACCUCCAAGCCAUCAGUUUCUUGUGGGAGGGAUCCAAGUGCUUACUGGGAAAUUGAAGUUUGCAAAAGUAAAGUGUAUUAAAUCGCUCUGCCCCACAAAUCUACUUUAAAAAAACCCCAAGACAAAACUGACUUUUUGUGCUUGAGAAAGAGAAGGGGAAAUGUACUGAAAGGUGUGUGAUGGAUGAAUGAUUAAUGGGCAGGUGUGAAAACACCUGCAAACAAAUCAGGAUGAAUACUCAAUAAAGACUUGACCAAGUCUGACCUCUGUGUGAGCUUUGUGCUAGCAAAUCAGGAUAAACAAACAGCUCAUCUGGAGGAGCUCGCAAUCUGAUUAGGAAUAAAAGGAGCUACAGUUGCAAAGGAAAUGCUGUGCACAGUCCCCUUUGCAAGGCAGUGAGAGGUCCCCAAGGGUAGUGCUUGCAAGGGUUUUGCUUCCUGUGGUAGGAGAGAUCACCAGAAUCUUGUGGCAUUUUGCUGCAUUUGAAUUAAUUGCAAAUAUAAAAAUAGAGCACAGUGGAGGAAAGCAGCUUAAGCGCUUCUACAAGGAGCAAACCUGCUGAUCUCAGAUCCCCAGACAGAGAGAUGUAUAGGUGCCCACGAAAGUGGGGAAGGCCAUAGAUCAGUGGCAGAAUAUUUGCUUUGCUUGCAGAGGGUCUCAGGUGCAUUAUAACCAAAACCUUUUGCCCAUUUGAUCAUGCCUUCUUUAACCUUUUCUUCUUCAGAUUCAAAUUUCAGCAAGAGUCUAUAUGUUUUUGCAAUAACUAUCAGGCCACACCAGACGUAGAGGAGAGCACUAUUAAAUUACUGCUAAGGCAACUUCCAAUAGAGUUACAGGUCCAGUAAAUAAGGAAUGGGUUAUAUUACUUAGAACAUGCAUUUAACCACCUUUGUUUUACAUCCCUGGACAGCUUGGUGGAAAACAAGAUUGGUGACAAAGGUGCUAAAGCUCUUGCCCGGUCCUUGAUGGUCAACAGGAGCCUGAUGUCGCUGGAGUAAGUAUCUCAGAAGUUCUGCUUUAAAGGGUUUGGCGUUUGCCAUGCACUGCAAUAGGGAUCAGCAACCAGCAGCCAGUGGGAUGAACCUGCCCCUGAUGGAACUGUGGAACUCACUGCCACUGGGAAGGCUGGUGGCCGCCAGCUUGGAUGGCUUGAAAAGGGGAUUAGGCAAAUUCAUGGAGGGGAAGACUCUCAACAGCUACUGGCCACAGUGGCUAUGCUCUGUUUCCACAGUCAAGAGGCAGCAAUGCUUCUGAAUACCAGUUGCUGGAAGCCACAGAAGGGGAGAGUGCUCUUGUGCUUGGGUCCUGUUUGCAGGCUUCCCACAGAUGCAGGCAGCCACUGUGAGAACAGGAUGCUGGACUAGGUGGGCCAUUUGCCAGAUCUCGCAAGGCUUUUCAUGUUCUUAUCCCACGCACAGCAGAUGACAGCCCAGGGACAAGAGAUGUGCACAGAGAGACCUGUUGCCUGUGCCCAAGGGGGAAUCAUGUACAGUGGUACCUCGGGUUACAUACGCUUCAGGUUACAGACGCUUCAGGUUGCAGACUCCGCUAACCCAGAAAUAUUACCUCAGGUUAAGAACUUUGCUUCAGGAUGAGAACAGAAAUCGUGCUCCUGCGGCACAGUGGCAGCGGGAGGUCCCAUUAGCUAAAGUGGUGCUUCAGGUUAAGAACAGUUUCAGGUUAAGAACUGACCUCCAGAACAAAUUAAGUACUUAUCCCAAGGUACCACUGUAUGACUGCCUUGAUACUGUCAUCGUGAAUAACAUGAUGAAAGGGACACUGUAUAAAGGAGGCCUUGGUGAGCAAUCUAUAGGUAACCCCAGCAGCGUAGCUAGCCGCUUGGGUGCCUGGUGCGGGGGCGUGUCCUGCAGCCGGGGGCGUGUCGAUCCAUGCCUAUGGGGUGGGACGAGCCUCUCUGGCACCUCCCCCUCAGCUGUAGGGCGGCUGAGUGAGGGGCAGUAGGCAGACGCAAGUCCCACACUGCCGUUUCAGGCAACGCAGAACCUGCAGGUGCCUAAACCACCAAGUCACUCCUAAAAAGUUUUGUGAGCCCAAUUAUUAUUAAUUUUUUUAAAAAACUCAUUUUGUCACCCCCCCCGCCAGUGAUGGCACCCGGGGUGGUCACACAUACCACACCCCCUUCCUCCACCACUAGGUAACCCUGGUCCUCUCUCCUUUCUUUACUUUUUUUCGGAUUCAGUCUUCGGAGUAAUUCCAUAGGACCCAAAGGAGCGAAGGCCCUGGCUGACUCGUUGAAAAUCAACCAGUACUUGCUUUCUCUCAAGUAAGUGCUUGCUUUUCUUGGUCUCUAACCGACAGGGGAAGGCAGAUGUGCAUGGCGUUCAAUAUAGCACCAUGCCACUGUCUGGUAGUUUGCUGCUUCUUAGCCUAUACAAAGGCUCCCUCUAAUACCAAACUUGAGUUGGCUGUGCCAGUCAUGAAGCAUGCCCAGAUGGGCCUCAUCCACACGCACGAAAAUAAAGGUCUCUGAAUGAUUAGGGAAACCCCAGGAUUUUCAGCACUCGACAACAUGGCACACUGCCAACUCAAAGCAGAAGUGAAAGCUUUCAGACUCCUUAGUAAGAUUAUGUUUAGCUCAUGCAGACUAAGCCUGGCACCCUCCAGAUGUUUUCGAGACCCAUCAGCCCCCAUCAGCAUGGCCAAUGAACAGAGAGGAGGAGGAGGAGGAUGGGAGUUGUAGUCCUGUAGCAUCUGGAGAGCCACACUAAACUAUAGCAAAACACUCAAGCCAGGCCAUUGUGAACUGUUGGCGAGAGACCUGAAAAUUGCGGAAUGGCGUAAAUUUACCAAAGCCCUUGUCAGUGGCAAGGUCGGAACGUUUGUUGCUUCCUUCCCCUCAACCGCUGGCUGGAAAAAGUAAUGGAGUUUAUUUUCCUCUUUCAGCCUCCAGAACAACGCCAUCAAGGAAGAAGGUGCCAAAUGCCUGGCCGAGGCUCUCACCAGCAACCACAGCCUGAGGACUCUGCAGUGCGUCUCUCUGGUCUUUGCUAGGCAGCAUCAUGGUUUACACACCUGUUCCUUCUUGGGUGCCUGUUCUUACAGUCUGUGCAGUUGGCUGCUAAAACUGUGUUUGGGUUGACAUCUCAACUAGAGCUAGAUAAGGGCCUGUGUAUGCAAUUAGCAGUUAAGCAAGAAAAACUUUUCUCAGGUUGUUACACUGCGGGCUGAAGGUAUUGGGGUGGGUGGUUUGGCAUGGUUGAAGCUGUCCCUGCUGUUGGGAAGCAACAAACCCUGCAUGUAGAAAAGGGGAGUGUCAAUGACAUGGCUCAGUUAAAAGCCUUCUCUCUGAUGUGCUAGGUUUCUGUCUGUAGAGGUUUUCCCUCCCCUAACAUUCAGCCCAUCAGACCUGCAGUACAAUCCAAUAAAAACUAUGCCAUUUGAUUUUUUUCUGAUGUACGUACUGCCUUCUAAAGCCUGUUUGAUUGUGUUUCUGGGAAGAACAGGUAUAACACCAAACGAGCAAUUAGCAAUGGUGUGAUUGGCUUAUUUAGUUAUUUAUAAAAGUAUUUAUAUACUGCUAUUUAAAUAGAUAUAAAUAUAGGUAUACUGUAGAUAUGGCUAUCUCAAAGAAGUUUAGAACAAACAUAAUAUAUGCAAUAAAAGCCAUGCAAAAGUUAGAGCCAGAGCUCAACUAACAGAUAGAUAUCUGCUUUAUUGCCUGCACAAACCUGGUGGGAUAGAAAUGUUUUCAGCAGGCAUUCAAAGGUUAAAACAGAAGGCACCUGCUUAAUCUCUGUUGGCAGAGCAUUCCAUAGGACUGGGCUGAUGACACUAAAGACUUGGUUUCUUGUUGCUGUCAGAUGAGCUUUGCCAACUCUGCUGAUGCUUAACCAUGUUCCUGGUUCAGUGAUCGAGCUGGGAUAUAAUAAUCAAAGACCAGUAUUCAAAGAAAGAGCUUUGUACAAAUAUGUAAAAUAAUACCAAGCAAAACAAAACGAGAGAGCCAUAAACAAUAAAAGUAAUAGUAACGGUAUCAGUAAUAGAGAACCGGCAUAGAGAACAAAAUUAUAAUUUUGCUAAAAUUAGUCCUUGGCAAGUUUUACAUGCAUAAGCUUUUCUUCUUCCUCCUCCUUGGAAGAGAUGGGUCCAUUCGGGUCUGAAAGGAAUAAUAAAAAAAACCAUAAAAGGCAUCUUUUUCCUGGGAAUCUCCAUGAAAGCACUCAAUUAAAAUCCUAUGUCUAUAAUGAUAAAAGGAGCAGUUCAUAAGAACAUGAGUUAUUGAUUCCACAUUUCCAGAUUCACAGGGAUAUUUGCGACGACAAUAAGGGAUUAUAUUUGUUUGCUUAAAGUGGCAGCGCUGCAGCUGCUGAUCAAAGGGCUGGGGGACGAACUCCCUCGGCUCACUGCUCAUUAAGGAUGUCGUCUCCUUUGCAGCCUCCAGAAGAACUCAGUUGGACCCCAAGGUUCAAAGAAAAUAGCAGAAGCACUGAAGACUAACUGGGGCCUCAAGGAGCUGAUGUAAGAGCCGAGAGAAUUGACUCACAGAUUUGCAUGGGUUGUGAGGCAGUGGCAUUGCCCUCACUGUGGGGUCUGCACCUCUUUAGAGAGUGCCCAGUAGCAUGGAGGCAAAGGCUGCUCAUCAGACGUCUACACCAUGGUAAAGCAGAGGGUUGACUCCCCAUCCUGCCUCUGCAGCAGGGAGUGGGGGAGACUUCAGAUUCAGUUUGCAUUUAAAGGCAAACCUACCUAAUUCACACUUUCUGGCACAGUACAAGAACACAGUUCCAUCGAAACCCACACGUCUCCCAAACUUGCAGUGCGGUUCUCCAACUGAGUAAUGAGUCAAAAAAUGAAUAAGCUAGGGUAAAGCAUUCCUUAAAAACCACAUGCAAAAAAUGCAUUCUGCUGGGGGAAAUUGCUUGGUCAAAAUGUGACUGUUAGUCAACACGCCACUCACACAUAGUAUUAAAGUUUUUUAAAGCCCUGGGCAUGGUUGCUAAUCCUACUGUUAAAGUAAUGUCUAGUGAAUGGGCAGUUGCUGGUACACAUUACGUUUCCCUUUGUUCCUAUUCUAGAUUGUCCAGUAACUGUGCUGGAGACACUGGUGCUGCAGCCCUGGCAGAAGGACUGAAGGUGAACCACACCCUUUUAACCCUGGAGUAAGUGACUUCCGCCUCCAUUGCCCACAUGUGUUUAUUUUGCUGCUCCCCCCUUUCCUUGAAAAUGACUAUUGAGAGAGUUCUCUAAAGCAAAGUGAUUCUGGAGAGCAGAGUUCCCCGCUUCCCUUCCUCAAUCUCUGUUGCCCUGAGAGCCUGUGGCGGCGCACAAAGUCUGAGAGACCCUGGGAGGAUGCCGCAGCCCUCGAGGAAACUGCAACUUUCCCUAGUCCCACAGCCUUUGUCCUCCUGGGGCUUACAAAGCUCUCCUUCAAGGCAGACUUUUUUUAAUGAGCCCCUGAAGCUUGUUUCCAAGGCUGUGCUUGGAGGACUGUGCCAGCAUCCUUUCUUUCAACAGGUACAGCCCACACACUUUUAGGUUUUCCUCUCCCUCAACACAAGGUAGGGAUGUAAGAAGGCAUCGUUGUCCAUUCUGCCCUGUAUUUGCUGCAUGCGGUGCUGUUUCUGUGCUGCUGCAGUUCAUCUUCUGCCCAAGCCGACAUCAUUUGUUUCACUGUCUGCUGGGAGAAAAAUACAUAAGUUAUGCAAGUUACGUCAUCGUUAACUUUAUGCUGCCCCAUUCCUUUUGAUAUAAAUGAAACGCAGUCAAAGACUGUAAGAUAACCGAUGACAAUUCUAUAACUGAUGUACUAAGGUAUGCAAAACGCAUAAGUAAAAUAAAAAUAAAAAAAUAGGAAGGAGAGAAAGGAAAGAAGACAAUUCAAAUGGUAAGUCACAUGUUGUUUGCUGAAAACAACAGCAAUAUUAAUACUGUACCAAUCAUAUUCGCAAGAUUAAUUUCUGUUCCAGACAACGGAAAAAAAUCAAUGAAUGUCAGCAAAUUCUGCUCCCUUUAGUUUUAUUUGGAGUUCUCUGGCAUCACUCCUCUGAGGGGAAGAUACCUGAGGGUGUUUGUUUGGGUUAACUGAAAGCCAAGCCCGGAUUGCGUGUAAGAGUAGAAUUAAGACGAAAUCCAGUGUGGCUCCCUCCCUCACCCAUUUCCACUUUUCUGUGUUUGCCUCUCCAGUCUCCAGAGCAAUUCAAUCAGCGACACAGGGGUGACUGCGCUCACUCGAGCCCUCUGCUCUAACCAAGGCCUCACCAGCCUCAAGUAAGUCCUAGCCUAUGCUUUGCCACCUCCAAACCCCACCACCUGCCACAGUUCUUGGAGUAGACUCAGGGAAAGAGAGCAUGGUGGCUGCACUGCUAUAGACAGCACAAGAAGAACCCCUGGGCACUCCUAGACUGAAUAUUUUGGGGUGGGAUUGGUUGAAUCACAUACCAGCAAACAGAGACGGAGCUAGCUGCUCCAGCACCCACAUGCUGUGCACCCGGGGGCAGGGUGAGCUCCCCACGGGGGCGGGGCAAGCAUCCCAGGGGGGUGCCGGCCACGGCGAGCAUCCUAGGGGGGCAGGGCAGUGACGUCACCCCCCCCCAGGGAUGACACCCAGGGCAAGCCCUCCUUCCUCUGCCAGUGCCAGCAAAAUCAGACUGUGCAAUUAAACCUGAUUUGGAGCUCUUAUGAAACUUCCCCAGAAGAUCUGGUUGAUUUAUUUUUGUGGUGAGGCAGGUGCACUAGUUUGUGUGGGCUUGACAUGAGGUUGCUGAGACUCUGGGUUUUCAUUAAAACGGGUUUUGCUUGUUUUGGGUGCCUGCUGGUAUUUCCCCCUUUCACAUAUGUGAUUAGGAUAAAGUCCUCUGGCAAGGAAACAGAACUAUGGAAGUCUGCCCCCCUCCCCACUAUUUUCCAUCCACUUGGGGAAGAGCAGUGUGUGAAAAACAACAAAGGCAUUGAUAAGGAUGCAAUAAUGACUUUUCUCCAUAUGCCUGUAGCCUGCGGGAGAACUCUAUAAGCAAAGACGGAGCUCAAGAGAUUGCCAGUGCCCUUCGAGCUAACAGCACCCUGAGGAAUUUGGAGUGAGUCAUUUGGCCUUUGGAAAACAGGGGCUCUGAGAAAUAUUUUGCACACCCUAAAAGGCUUUAUGGCCUGGCAGCAUGUCCUUAAUUUGGUGCUUUGGGGCUCAGGGUAGUAUAGAAUCAGAGAAUUCUGGAGUGGAGAACUUUAGCAAAUUCUUCUUCUUCUUCUUCUUCUUCUUCUUCUUCUUCUUCUUCUUCUUCUUCUUCUUCUUCUUCAAUUCAUCUUAUGACUACCAUCAGCAGAAGCCCUAUGCAAAGAGCCAGUGUGGUGUAGUGGUUAAGAGCGGUAGACUCAUAAUCUGGUGAACCAGGUUUGCGUCUCUGCUCCUCCACAUGCAGCUGCUGGGUGACCUUGGGCUAGUCACACUUCUCUGAAGUCUCUCAGCCCCACUCACCUCACAGAGUGUUUGUUGUGGGGGAGGAAGGGAAAGGAGAUUGUUAGCCGCUUUGAGAUUCCUUCGGGUAGUGAUAAAGCGGGAUAUCAAAUCCAAACUCUUCUUCUCUACUUGCACAACAGGGCUUUCCCUCCUCUCCUCUCUCCACAUGCCUCCCAGGUCUCCUGGAAUUGACUUGGGGGGGGGACCCCCAAAGAAAACUGUGCAAGGUUAGGAGGGGACACAUUGUCCCAUCUAGCCAGCUUGAAAUGUUUACGCUGAUGUGGAACAUUCGGCGGAGCGAUGUCAAACUCCUCCCAGAAUGGUGGCUAUUGUCUUCCAGGGUCACGCGCUGUAACAUUCUCAGGGAGGUGUGUGAGUGCAGGAGGAAUGAGGGAAGAAAAGGAGAAAACUCAUGAAGGGUCCAGGCAGGGGCAGAGAACAUUUCCCAGACUGAGAGUCGUGUUCCCAGCCUUCCUGGGGCCACAUUCCAGAUUAUUUAUUCAAUUUAUAUACUGCCCUCCAUCAAAAGAUCUCAGGGCACUUCACGGAUUAAAAACAUGAGAUGAAAGCACAAAUAAAGAGUUAAAACACAAACAACAAAACAAUAACCUCUCCUCCCACACACACAUUUAAAAAGCUGUAGAAUAUUAAUCAGUAAAUGUGACUUUUUGUACUGUAAGCUAGCUUGUCCCAUCACUCACACAUCCCCCGAUCUCUCUCCAACCUCCAGGCAAUCUGGAAACAUGGUGAUAGUCCAAGGGCAUAUUCCAGCCUGGCAAAAACACCGAAGGAGGGUGCAUGGCAGGACCAGUUGUGGGCUUGGCCUGGUCAGAGUCCCAAGGGCCAGAUAGAGAGGUCUGGAGGGCCACCUCAAAGCUGAGGCUCCCUACCCCUGCUCUAGAAGCAGGAUAAGACUUUUGGGGACUGAUGGGGUUGAGGCCAAAGCGGCAAGGCCUGGUUUCAUGUAUUAAUUGGAACCAGCCAACCAGCUCUUGCAACCAGCUCUGCAUUGCUUUAACUCUCAUUUUCCCUGGGCUUUUUUUUUCUAGCUUGGCUGCCAACCUGCUGCAUGACGAAGGUGUCCAGGCCAUUGCAUUGGCACUGAAGGAGAACCAAGCGCUCACUUCCCUGCAGUGAGUUUCAGCGGAUUAGUCUGCAUUGCUCGAGCAUAAAUGCAUCCAAAGAGUUGAAACAGGAUUGUUCAGGCUUUUGGAAAGCGGUGUCUCAAAGAUUUGGAACUGGCUGCUGUAAUCUGAGAUUGUUGCCUAGAUGUUGGCAUUAUUUUUCAGAAUGAGCAUUAUGUGGCUGGCACCUGUAACAGCCCCAGUUCCACCAAUCAAAUCAGUCAGAUGGGUGUAUAUUAGGCAAGGUGAUCUUGUAGGUAAACUGGUUCCAAGUUGGCCCCUCCCUGCUUAUAUGCUGAAGUGGUACAGUCUAGGAAGGGCUGUACCAGGCGGGAAUGUGCGGUUGGGUCCUCAUUCCUUUUCUCCUUCUCUCUCCUUCUAGCUUGCAGUGGAAUUUCAUCCAGUCCAAAGCAGCCAAGGCCCUGAGCCAAGCCCUGCAAGUCAACGAGAGUCUUUCUAUCUUGGAGUAAGUCCCUGACUUUUGCCUCCCACUCAGCCUCAAUAGCGUGAGCAGUUUUUGCGUUAAAGGAAACAAAUCACUUUUGGCACAUUUAAGCAGCAGGAUGAGAAUCUGGAGGUGAUGGGACAGUCAGUACCACUUUAGAACAUGUAGGGUGACCAGAAUUGUAUGUUCACCCAUAUAAACAUUUGUUUUAUUUAGUACGAGGAUCACAGGUAAUUUUAUCAUGCGAUGGAAAAGGGAGGCUCCUGCUGCUUCUGAGUGUGUGUGUUGUGUGUGUGUGUGUAACUUUUUGCACAUAAGUGUAACAUUUCUCCGGCUUGUAAAAAUAAGUACCUAAGUAAGUAAGUAAGUAAGUAAGUAAGUAAAUAAGUGUUUAUUUCAAGCUACUGGAGACAAAACUACUGAAGAGAGUAACAUUGUUAGGGAUAAUACAAUGUUCUGAUCAAUUCCUUCUAAGAAGUGUCACAUUUGUUACAUUCAUUCUGCAAAUCUAAACUCAUUUCAAACCUGUUUAGCUGCUAUAGCUUUUAACCUGGAUCUCUGGGAAUUACAGUUCUGUGAAACAGUUCCCUGGGAAUUUGCCAUAAAUAAUAAUCUGUUCCUGUCGUAACUAUAACCCUCAAGAUUAAGGGCGGGGAAGUUAUAGAAAUGGUUCAUUGGAGUUGAGCUCUGUAAGCAUUUUCAGGGGGGUGCCCACAAAAAUUUAGCUCUCUCGGGGCUUCUUAGAGCUGCACCUUAUAUGGAAUGAGGACUACGCCACUUCAGAAUGCAAGUAGGGUGUGUUUGUCAUAUUUUUUAAAUCUCCCGCCGACACACCCCUGAGCAAAUAAUCAAAAACUCCCAACAUGGAGCUCUUGCUAAACUCUUUCUUCUUCUCAAAGUGUAGGGAAGGUUUUUUAAUGUUAAAAAUGUGGAAGAGUAUUUUUAAAAGACCAAAAGCCUUGCCUCCGCUGUGUUUCAGUUUACAGGAAAAUGCAAUUGGGGACGAAGGAACAGAUGCCCUGGCCUCUGCUCUGAGGGUGAACUCAACACUCACUGCUCUCUAGUAAGUUUCCAUGUUAUACACAAGGAUGGAAUACCUGUUAGGGGAUUUAUCAAGAGGCAAGACUCAUGGAGGGGGUCAGCAACUGCUGGCCUCUUAAGCUGUAUCUGGCCCAUAUACUGUUGUGUAUGGCUGCUUGGGCCACAUGCCCUUAGUGAAUGUAGGGAUGGACUAGGAGGGCUGCAGAGGGCACAAGGGACUUCCUGAACAGCACAUUCAGUGGCUGAUGCCACCAUGGAAUCCAGAAUGACCAUGCAGAGAGGAAUGUGGAAAGGCUCAAUAACCAAGCUAUUGGUUUAAAAACCCAGAAAGUAAACUGUGAAUGUUAAGAGAUGGGGAAGCUGUGGCCCUCUGUAUAUUGUUGGACUACAACUUUCAUAAUCUGUGACCAUUGGCUAUGCUGGCUGGGGCUGAUGGGAGCUGGAGUUCAGCAACAUUCAGAGGGUCUCAGCCCUGUCUUCCUGCUUGCCUUCUGCUUGGGUGGCUGAAUGGUGCAGGACACCUUCAAAAAUGUGAAUAUACCAGUUACAGGGGAGGAAAGUCCUCUUGUGCUCGGUUCCUGCUUUUGGACUUCCCAUAGGCAUCUAGCUGGCCACUGUGAGAACAGGAUGCUGGACUAGAUGGACCACUGGCCUGAUCCAGAAGCCUCUUCUGAUGUUCUUAAGAUGGGAGCUGAGUCCAAGGCCUGUUCCCAGCCAGAACUUCCUAAAACUAAAAGCCAACCCAAGCCCACCUUCAUUUCUCCUACCUCUCAGAAGCACUUACUACUACUACUACCACCACUACUACUACUACUAAUUAAUAAAUAAAUAAUAAUAAUAAUAAUUUUUUAUUUAUACCCUGCCCUUCCCAGUUCAAAAACUGGGCUCAGGGCGACUAACAACAAAUUUAAAACACUUAAUUAAUGCAACAAAAAACAGCAUAAAAUACAGUAUAAAACAUGAAUAACAAUAAAUUCAGAAUUCAAAAAUUAAUUUAGGGGGGAAAUCAAUCCAAUAAACAUUAGAUGAUCACCAGGGCUAAAUUAGUCCUAUUUGGGCCAGCAUGGAGACCAGGGGAGAAUUAGCUGUGGGAUCCCAGAGCGAGUAAUCUUCAUAAAACGGGGAGGGGGAGGGAAGGAAGGGGAAUAAAAGAUCAAGCUAAGCUCAAGUUGAAAGCCAGGCGGAAUAGCUCCGUCUUACAGGCCCUGCGGAAGGAAGUUAUAUAUACAGUGGUACCUCGGGUUAAGUACUUAUUUCGUUCCGGAGGUCCAUACUUAACCUGAAACUGUUCUUAACCUGAAGCACCACUUUAGCUAAUGGGGCCUCCUGCUGCUGCCGCGCCGCCAGAGCACGAUUUCUGUUCUCAUCCUGAAGCAAAGUUCUUAACCUGAAGCACUAUUUCUGGGUUAGCGGAGUGUGUAACCUGAAGCGUAUGUAACCCGAGGUACCACUGUACCAGCCAUUUCAGGUGAAAGGAACACAAGGCAAGGCGGGGGGAGGCCUUUCAGCACUCAAGGGUGCCCCAAGCUAUAUUUCUGCCUGAGGCAGAGAAGCAAAAAGCAGCAGCACUUGGUCAAGGUACAUCAGGGAGAGCCAACAUGAUGUCCUCCAGUUACUGUUGGAUUACAACUCCACUUAUUGCUGGCUGGGACUGAUGGGAGCCAACAACAUCCGGAGGACGCGACACUGGCUAUGCCGCUGAAGAACACAACAUCCACAGCCAGAGUUUCUUUGGCAUCUAAGGCAGACAAUCCCAUUAGCAUCUGCCCCCUUUCCUGGCUGUAAAAAUGCAACAAUAAUAAAUUGAAUAACUAUUUGCUGUCCUUUCAGAACAGCCGACAUGAGCUGCCUGAAGUGGUUGCCUCCCUUUGCCUAAUGGUAGGGCUGACCCUUACAGCACUGCUUGAGUGUCCUUGGCACAACUUGGUGGUGCUACCUUGAGUUUGUUCUAAAUGUGCCCUGUUUUGUUGCAGCCUCCAGGUGGCGCUGAUAGGUGAGAGUGGGGCCAAAGCUCUAGGAGACGCCCUGGUUCUUAACAAGAGCCUCACGACACUAGAGUAAGUACUCCUCAGACCCUAUGUUCAUCCAGGAGAGGGUGGGGGAAUUAUAAGUUUAAUGGUGCCAUCACAGAACUUGGCCAGUUAGUGCAGCCAGUGGCCCACCUGGAAUUCAGCAAGACUCUUCUGGCUUUGUGGAAUUGUGGCUUCAUUUCAGCAUCAAACUGAAUGUUGUUGUUUAGUCGUUUAAUCAUGUCCGACUCUUCGUGACCCCAUGGACCAGAGCACACCAGGCACUCCAGUCUUCCACUGCGUCCCACAGUUUGGUCAAACUCAUGCUGGUAGCUUCGAGAACACUGCCCAACCAUCUCGUCCUCUGUCAUCCCCUUCUCCUUGUGCCCUCCAUCUUUCCCAACAUCAGGGUCUUUUCCAGGGAGUCUUCUCUUCUCAUGAGGUGGCCAAAGUAUUGGAGCCUCAGCUUCACGAUCUGUCCUUCCAGUGAGCACUCAGGGCUGAUUUCCUUCAGAAUGGAUAGAUUUGAUCUUCUUGCGGUCCAUGGGACUCUCAAGAGUCUCCUCCAGCACCAUAAUUCAAAAGCAACAAUUCUUCGGCAAUCAGCCUUCUUUAUGGUCCAGCUCUCACUUCCAUACAUCACUACUGGGAAAACCAUAGCUUUAAAACUAUCAAACUGAAUACCUGGCCUUAAUUUAUCUUCCUUGUUUCUUUGACAGCUUGAGAGGAAACGCCAUCGGUUUGGCAGGGGCCAAGGCAAUGGCCAAUGCCUUGAAAGUUAAUGGCGCCCUCCGCAGGCUGAAGUAAGUAAAAUAAUGGACAGGAUACAGAUGGGGUCAUUCUGUCAUUCAAGAGUGUCAAGAGAUGGCCUUUGGGUUUGCAUAAUGGCUGAAAGUGCUUGUUUAAUGGUCAUGUGUGGUUGGUGGCUAAUUCUGAACCAAUAAAAUGUGUGCUAUACGUAUCCUGCUUGGGUUAGGGCUAAAAGAAAUAAGAGUUUUGCAGUGGAAUUCCAGGCAGAGCAAACCACCCCCUUCCCCCAAAGCCUGGGUUUUGCACCCAGAUGGCAAAAAUCACCUUGAAAAGCUGCAAAGGUCUGUUGUUGCUACUGGAGUGACUGAUACAAGGCUAGAACCACCUGACUAGGUGCCAGGCUGCUCGUGUAGUGUAUUUAUAAAUAGAUACAGCAUUGUGAAGCCAUCACCACAGAUCUCCAGGCAUUUAUUCCUGUAAGACAGCUGACCCUGUGAAAAGCUCUCCUGAACCUUUCUAAUGCUUGAGGAAGCUAGCAAUACAAAACAGUAUUUGGGGGGACAACUAGUCUUUUAAGCACUGCUUUUGAGUGGGGAACCUUUUUCGGCUUGAGGGCUACAAUCUCUUCUGGCUGACUUUCUGGUGGUCAGUGCAAAACUGGGUGGGCAUGACACCCCCCAAUCUACCCAUAUGCAUUCAUGCACACUUAACACAUUCACUCAUUCUUUCCCCACACAGAAGCAGUUAGGCUUGGCUGGGGCAGGGAGGAGUGGCACUUUUGUCAAGUUUAAUUGUGGGGGCUGAGGAAUGUGCUGGUGGAGGUGUUGCAGCACACAGGCAGGGGACGGCGAGCCCUUCCAUCGGCAGCCAUAAUCUCCACGAAUAGCCCAAACGAUUAGGCUAGAAAAUGGUCUCCCCUUGAAGCCAAUAGGAGAUAUGUUUCCAAAGCCGACUGCUACAUUUUGACAGGGGGAAUCAGAGCUCACGAGGUUUGACCCAGCUAUGAACCCCACCAAAAAUACCAUGUGGCAAUUAGUGUUUUAUUUUUUAAAAAAACUAAUGGAAGUUAUUGCCUAAAAAAAAUAAAAAAUCAAGCCUAAAGGCUGCAUAUUGGGAGGAGGGGGUGGGCUGCAGAGGAAAUGGCUUUGUGGGCUUCAUCUGGGCUGUGGGCUGGAACUUACCCUAUUGUAGAUAACGGCCAGGCAGAUGUUACUUUACACUUUUCUGGGGGAAGUGAAACAAAGCUGGAGCAGACACUGUGUGUGUGUGCCUGUGCAUAAUGGAUUCCAUAUGCCCAUGUUCUCUUGCCCACAGCCUCCAAGAGAACUCCCUGGGCAUGGACGGAGCAAUCUGCAUUGCCACAGCUCUGACUGGAAGCCACAGCCUCGCCUACAUCAAGUAACUUACUUUUCAAUGCUCUUGGUCUAAAAAAGUGUGUGUCAAAGCCAUUUCAUACCCAGACCUCACAGGAUUUGGCAGGGAUGGCUGGCCGGGGUGCAACAGAACUUGCUACUUAAUCACGAACAUUGCAUUCCAUACAUUAAUGGAUGUACCAUGGAAGCAGAACUCUCCUUCCUGAGAUCCUAAGCUUUUUUGAAAAGAAGUUUCCAGCCCAUUUAUGGCAGAGAAGCUUGAAAACAUAUGGAUCAGUAUCUGGUUUAAUCUCAGGAGCCAGAGUGGAGAUGUGCAGGAAGCACAGUGAGGAGAGGGUGCCCUUCCCUAGUUAGGUAAAGGUACCCCUGACCGCUAGGUCCAGUCGCAAAUGACUCUGGGGUUGGGUGCUCAUUUCACUCUAUAGGCCAAGGGAGCCGGCAUUUGUCUGCAGAGAGCUUCUGGGUCAUGUGGCCAGCAUGACUAAGUCGCUUCUGGCGAAUCAGAGCAGCGCACGGAAAUGCCAUUUACCAUCCCGCCAGAGCAGUACCUAUUUAACUACUUGCACUUUGACGUGCUUUCGAACUGCUAGGUGGGCAGGAGCAGGGACCGAGCAAUGGGAGCUCACCCCGUCAUGGGGAUUUGAACUGCUGACCUUCUGAUCAGCAAGCCCUAGGCUCUGGGGUUUAGACCACAGCGCCACCCGCGUCCCUCUGCCCUAGUUACUUUUCUUUUAUAGCUACCACUCCUUGGCCCUUCUCCCGCAGGAGCCAACCUGCCCCUUCCCUCUUUUCCUACUGAAAGAAAAACACAAAGGACUUAUAAAGCUGGAUGUCGGAGCCAGGGCAGAUUUCAGGAGGAGGGAUAGGCAUCCUAGGCUGACAGCUGUAUGAUGGACCCAAGCAGUUAAUUUUACUUCUUUGUUGUAAUAGUGAUUAGCUCCUGAAUAUUCAGCAAAGGAGUUAAGAGUUACCUGCUGUUUUGUGGGCCUGGAGGACAAUCCCAACCUAAAAACUUUUCCUGUGGGGUUGAGACUGGCUAAAUAUUGACCAUGGCUUGGCAACCAAAAUGCAUUAGCUGUCUUCCCUAGCCCCACUGCUUCCCUGUAUCCAAGCUUUUAGAUAUUAAUUGGUUGGAAAGCACUCUGGUCCAAAUCUGUCACAAAUCAGGAGUGCCCACCCUCCGUAGCUUCCACAGUCCAGACCUUUAGGGCACAAGCACAACAGCCACCACUUGAUUAAGUUGCCCAUUGAGCAAAAGCUCCAACUGGUUCAAGAAACCUAACAAAGUCAUGUGCAACAGGGAAAGCCAUUCAACCCCUCACCCUGCUCAGAGCUUCUUUUUUUUGUGAUUCUGACAUGUGAGAAAAUUGCAAUUACUGCUCAGACUGUGAGCAGUGCACAGACAGUGAUGCUGCAUUAAGAGUCAACCCUUUGUCUUCCCUCUACAGCUUACAGGGAAACAAAAUAGGUGAAUCAGGAGCCAAGGUGAUUGCUGAUGCCAUCCGUACAAAUGCCCCCAGCUGCAUUGUGGAGAUGUGAAAGAGAAACUUCCCUGGAGGAGGUGCUCUGGGAUUCCAGACAUCCUGCGCCCUGGAGACAUGUCCCUUCCUCACAAAUGGCUCACUGACAAGGAUGUGGUGCAAAGGCAGAUCGCCAGGAUGCUGCAAUGGAUGGUACUAAGUGGGGACGUGGCCUGAGCUGAAGGCAGUUGCGGAAGAGGAUGACAAACCUUGUCAUUUUCAUUCUGGACAUUUGUUCCUGCUGGUGAAGGUGGUUCGGUGCUUCAGACAUUUUGUGGGGCAUCUGCAGCAGUGGUUUGUGCCUUCCUGAUAAACUGAAAGCAGUUGACACCACAAGAAGAAACCAGAUUGUAAAGUCGUUUAUUUUGUGAAACGAGGGAAUGAAUGUAAAAGUCAAAGAGGUUCAGAGCGAGUCUGGAAAAUACAUACAACUUGCAAGGCAUAAGGAACUGAGGAAUCCUCAACACAGAACUAGCACAACAGGUGAUACCUGCCACUGUUAGGGGAUUGAAUCUAUAAAAUAUUUUUCAUUUAUCCUCUGAAAAUAAAAUUAUACACAGAGGCAUUUUGAGACUGGUAGCACUGUGUGGCUUGUGACAAGAGGAAAGUAUUCAGUCAAGCCUGUUCAGUGCCUAGAAACUUACUGGCCCAGAAUAAGGGGAGAAAAACAAAAUAAAACUUGUAUUUCUACUAAAUGAGGUUUUUUUUAAAAAAAUGAAAAGUUGCUUAGGAAAACCAAACUGAUACCUGGUUUUA